GAAUUCCUCAGUGUGAGAUGUCCCGUGGUAAUUAUCAGAUCCGAUAAAAGCGAGAAGGUAGAGGCGCAAUGGCGGAGGUGUCGAUGUGCAGCAGCGCAAGCAGCACGGAGCUGACGCCGGAGGAAGAGAGGAUUAUGAUCUGAGAUAUUAUUGCUUUGGCUGCCGAAGCUAAUAGCAAGGAGGGCGACAACUUUUAUUUAAUCACACUAGAGAAAAAUGGAUGCAAAACCAAAGAGGAGAACAAUCACAGAAAAUGGGGAUGCAGGAGAGGACUUGGUCCUCACAACUUUGAUUGGGAAUGGCGAUGAUCUAGGUCCUGUUGUCAGGCAUGCAUUUGAGAUAGGGCGGCCGGAAGCGCUCCUUCACCAGCUAAAGACUGUUGUGAAGAAAAAGGAAGUUGAAAUUGAGGAGCUCUGCAAGACCCACUAUGAGGAAUUCAUUCUUGCUGUUGAUGAACUUCGAGGAGUGCUUGUUGAUGCCGAAGAGCUGAAAGGUGAGCUCUCAACUGAUAAUUUUAAACUGCAAGAGGUUGGCAGUGUUCUUUUGAUCAAACUUGAGGAGCUUCUUGAAUCUUAUGCCAUCAAGAAGAAUGUGACUGAAGCUAUCAAAAUGUCUCAGAUCUGUGUACAAGUGUUGGAUCUUUGUGUCGAAUGUAACAAUCAUAUUUCUGAAGGCCAGUUUUACCCUGCAUUAAAAACCAUAGAUUUGAUUGAAAAGAAUUACUUGUGGAGUAUUCCUCUCAAGGCACUAAGAAUGGUGAUAGAGAAAAGAGUUCCAGUGAUAAAAUUGCACAUUAAAAAGAAAGUAUGUAGUCAAUUUAAUGAAUGGUUAGUUCAUGUUAGGAGUUCUGCGAAGAAUAUUGGACAGACAGCAAUAGGUCAUGCUGCAUCAGUUCGCCAGAGGGAUGAGGAAAUGCUUGAACGCCAGAGGAAAGCAGAAGAACAGAAUGUUUUUGGUUUAGGAGAUUUUGCAUAUAUGUUGGAUGUUGAAGAAAUUGAUGAAGAUUCUGUUUUGAAGUUUGAUAUGACCCCUCUAUAUCGAGCAUAUCACAUCCACACUUGCCUGGGAAUCCAAGAGCAGUUUCGUGAAUAUUACUAUAAGAAUCGAGUAUUGCAGCUCAGUUCAGACUUGCAAAUAUCCUCCACACAACCUUUUGUUGAAUCUUAUCAGACAUUUUUGGCUCAAAUUGCUGGUUAUUUUAUAGUGGAGGAUCGGGUCCUGAGAACUGCUGGGGGGCUAUUGUCAGCUGAUCAGGUCGAGACAAUGUGGGAAAUUGCUAUGACUAAAAUGACAUCAGUGUUGGAGGAACAGUUCUCCCAUAUGGGUUCUGCAACCCACCUUCUCUUGGUGAAGGAUUAUCUCACACUUCUUGGGUCUACUCUUAGACAAUAUGGUUAUGAAGUGCGCCCACUUCUUGAGGUGCUUGACAGGAGCCGGGACAAGUACCAUGAGCUUCUUUUGCAAGAGUGUCAGCAACAAAUUGUUAAUAUUCUUGCCAAUGACACCUAUGAGCAGAUGCUAAUGAAAAAGGAUACCGACUAUGAGAAUAAUGUUUUGUCAUUUAAUCUACAGACCACAGAUAUAAUGCCGGCUUUUCCAUUUAUUGCAUCAUUCUCCUCCAUGGUACCCAAUGCAUGCCGCAUUGUCAGAUCAUUCAUUAAAGGAUCUGUUGAUUUCCUGUCACAUGGAGUGCAUUCUAAUUUUUAUGAGCUUGUGAAGAAAUAUCUUGACAAACUUCUGAUUGAUGUUCUAAAUGAGGCAAUACUUAAUACAAUUAGUAGUGGCACCAUUGGUGUGUCUCAGGCCAUGCAGAUCGCUGCAAACAUAUCUGUUCUUGAAAGAGCUUGUGAUUUUUUUCUUCGACAUGCAGCCCAACUAUGUGGGAUCCCUGUCCGGUCAGUUGAGAGGCCUCAAGCUAGUUUAACUGCCAAGGUGGUUCUGGAAACUUCAAGGGAUGAAGCCUAUUUUUCUCUGCUGAAUUUGGUGAACACCAAGUUAGAUGAGUUUAUGACACUAACAGAAAGUAUCAAUUGGACUUCGGAGGAAAUGGCGCAGAAUGGGAACGAGAGUAUGAGUGAAGUGAUCUUUUACCUUGACACUCUUUUGUCCACAGCACAACAAAUUUUACCUGAGGAAGCACUCUAUAAGGUUGGUAGUGGAGCUCUUGAUCAUAUAUCCAACUCAAUAGUGGCAGCUUUUCUUAGUGAUAGUGUCAAGAGGUUCAAUGCUAAUGCCGUUAUGGUUAUAAACAAUGACCUAAAGAUGCUGGAGUCUUUUGCAGAUGAGAGGUUCCAUAGCACUAAGUUGAGUGAAAAGUUCAAGGAAUGUAGUUUUAGAGACUGUUUAAUAGAAGCACGGCAAUUGAUAAACCUUUUGUUGAGUAGUCAACCAGAGACCUUUAUGAAUCCAGUGAUAAGGGAGAAAAACUAUAAUGCUCUGGAUUAUAAGAAGGUGGCCUGUAUCUGUGAGAAAUUCAAGGAUUCUUCUGAUGGGAUAUUUGGAAGCCUUUCAAGCAGGCAUACAAAGCAAAGUACUCGGAAGAAAUCAAUGGACAUGCUGAAGAAAAGACUGAAAGACUUCAACUAAUAAAGCUUGAAUUAUGUAUUUGCAUCAGGAUUAGGAUCAAUUUUUUUUUUUCAUCUUUGAACAUAUACUUUUUUAUUAUUCUUGCUGAUGUUAAAAAAUUAGUAGGAUUCUUUAAUUUGCCUUGUGACUUAUAUUCAUGUUAUAAAAUUUGCUUUUGCUUUGCCUGAUC